AGGAGUUUUCUUAUAAGGGUUAUUUCUCUGAUGUGUCUGUAACCGGAGUUUUGACUGCCUCUUUAACACAGAUAUGAUUUAGGGAAGUUUUUUAAUCAAGUGGGUAGGCUUUUUUGGUCAUCGUUUAUUAAUAUCCAGCUAUUGUGUUAAGUGUGUCCACAAUGUUUGGUCACCCGUACAUUUCUGUUUGGGGACUCUUUUGGGGUUUCAUUGGUGAUAGGAUGUGUGAACAAUGCAGGUGAAUACUCUGGAUGGAAGAAUAUGGCUUUCUGUUUUGACAACACGAUUUCCAUGUACUGUCUCCCCGUGCUUCCACACCCCUGGUUGAAGGGAACAUACUCUGCUGUUUUCAUUCCUUUCUACCCCUCGUCUCUUCCACUUGUCAGAAAUUGUAGAAACUUCUAGUUGUCGUUCUGCUCUACUCUGUCAGACCGCAUGGCCUCAGGCUCUCCUUAGCCUCCUGGUUGGCUCCUCAUGUGGAAAAGUGGACAGUGAUGCCUUGGAGGGUGCUGUGGGCAGGUGCAGGAUGGCCCAGCAGGUGGAAAGCUCUCUGUGAAUGUCACUCAUUGGCAGUGAGGUUGCUGGGCUGUUUCAGGGAGGUUCUGAAUCCCUCCCAGUGUGGGAUUUCCUGGGGGCACAUGCAUGACUGGCCCUGGGACCCUGGCCUGACCACCCACCACCCCCACCCCGGCUGCAGUGCUGCGCUCACUGGACCCCUCUCUGCGAGCUCUAAGCAGGUGGCUCCAUCUGGGCUGGGUCGAGUCCGUCUCACGGGGUCCUGGCUGGCUCCCACCUGCCUUCGUCUUACACUUGCUCUCCCUUCUGAGUCUGUGCUGAUGGUUCUAGGUUUUACAUCCGAUCGCGGUGGUCACACUCACCAGGCUUCAAAUCUCAGCCCGCCUUCGUCGGAGCUCUAAGAUCUGGGCUGAUGACAGAAGCCCUUUCAGCCUUUGUUCCUUCCUCUGGAAAAUGGGAUGACAGCACGUGUAGGGCCUUGUGUGGGGAAGUGCGUGGCCCCGGGGAGGGAUGGAGGCAGCCGUGCCCUUGGUAUUCCCGGGGGCUGGUCUGGUUCUGGGCCAGGGGACGUAGGGGGCAUGUACAAGGGAGUGUACAGGGGAAGUGGCACAGGGAGUGGGAAACUUUUUGUUAGAGGGUCAAGACAUGUGUCUUGAUCCUUCCAAGAGGCUGUGGCCACCAGACAAGGCCAUGGCGUUCUGGGCCCAGCAGGGAGCCAGGAGCCCCUGCCCCCCACCCCAAGGCUGGUACACAGAACCCUCUGGCUCCUGCAGCACAGUGGGUUCCCAGGGGCACCACUCAGGGCAUCUGCCAGGAGGAUGACAAUUCAAGUAAAGGAAAUCGAUUUUUAUUUGUUUUUAAACACAAAGGAAAAUCGUUGUCCAGCCUAAUUAGAUGUCAUUUAAAAAUAAAGGAACUGUGUGUCAUUUUUCCAUACCCCAGCAACCCCAGGCAGCCAGAUACUAACUCCUGGAAAAGUCUGGGCCACGGCCGGUCCCCCACCCCACCCAUCCAUGCUGAGGGGCCCAGCCUCCCUGUCUCUCAAGGCCCCUCAGCUCUGACGCAGUCCCUCAACUGUCGCCCUCCUGGAAACUGGGCUCUUCCUACCUGAUGGGCGGGGCCCUAGUGACAGGCAGACUCUGAGUAGCAGCCUUGUAGGGGGCCGUACCACGUGGAAAGGGGACCCCAGAGGAGCGAGUUCAGUCGAGGUGGGCAUCUGUGCCCUGCUCCCCCCUUCGGGGCACCUUGAGAGGACUCCAGGAAUGAUAGGACUGGCUCCCACGUUGAUCUCCGUGUGCGCACUGUCCUGUCCCAGCCUGUGCUCCGCUCAGCUCAAGAGUCCAAGCCGCCCACGUGUAGGAGUGCUGGGCUGACCCCUGUGGAAUCCAGUGGAAUGGGCCCAAAGGGGCAGGAGGCCAGAGGAGAAGGGGCGGGGGAAGGGGAGACUCCAGGCACCCGCCCCCAGCCCUGAGGGCCCCAGUGGCCCUGGUGGGAGGCCAGCGUGCCAGCAGCCACCCUGCGGGAAAGGGCAGGGAUUCUCUGAAAUCCUACCUGCUCUGUCCCUGGGCCUCUCAAGGCUCAAUAAUGGGAUGGUUAUUGGUGGACAAUGACAUUUUGUCCCCUGAGCAGCCACCAGAAGAAGCUGACUGGACAGAAAGGGAGAAAAGAAGGAGGGGGAAAAAAAAGAGGAAAAAAGCCGGGCUCGGCAGAAUUCGUAUUUAGGAGUGUGAAGAGGAGAUGGCAAGAUUCCUUUACUCAAUUCAAAUAGUAUUUGAUUCUAGGAAGGAAUUCAGAAGGAAAAAAAAUGAAUCCUGCGUCUGUAACAAAGCUUUAAUUAUCAGCAUCGCCCCCCGGGCCGGGCCUUUGUCGAGGCGGCGUCCUGCGAGGGGCUGCCUGGCCCUGGUUCCCAUGGCAGCCGCCUCCGGCUGCAGUCCGGCCGCAGCCCUCCGCCCCCAGGACGGCCGGGCGAAGGUAAAUAUGGCCCUUCUUCACGGUUUCUGUGAUGCGAUUUCUUGAAGCUUGGUUUAUGUAAAAAAAUGUCACUCCUUGCCGUCCAGGAGCUUCCGCUGCGGUUGGCUGGGCGGACACCCAGGUGGGGGCCGCAGGGUGCUCCCGUGGCCCGACCCGCCGGGUGGAACCAGCCACAUCCUCCCCAGGACUUCCCUGGGGGCAAGUCUGUGGGGGUGCAGGGGGAGGAGGGCUGAGGACCUGUGCGCAGGGGUGUGUCACCCCCACCACUCCCCACCCUGGGCAGGAGCCGAGCAGCCACCGCGAGGCCAGAGCCAGCUCUGAGCCCUGCUUGCCGGGCACGGCGGUGCAGCCAGGUCGAUGGAUCUGUCUGCCUGGGAGCAGGAGGGAGCUUCUGUCCACUGUCCUCCUGUGGGCAGGAGGGGCCCGCUGCUGUCCUGGGCAUGGAGAGGUGACAGGGACCUCAGAGGUGGGGUCAGGGAGAGGCCAGCCCCAGCCCUCACAGUCUGGGUCGCAGAAGGCAGCAGGUAACUUUGGUGACAAGUCACCCAGACCAGCAUGUCCCGAGCAUGUCCCGAGAAUGGUGGCCUCGCUGCAUGCUUACUGCCACCUGUGAACCGGGCGCUGGAGCUGCUGGUGUUUUGCAGAGGAGGGUGUGGCUCCAGCUGGGGGGGGUGGUCAGACCUCCCUGCCAGCCCGCUGGAUGCCCAGCCCAUGCUUGCAGCCAGAUCCCAAAUAUUUGUGGCAUGUGCCCAGCAGACAGGACUGGGCUCUCUGGUGCUUAACGGAGACACGUUUCAGCUCAAAGUUAGGAAGAUCUGAGAGCUGGGGUUUGGGGAGGAGGGAGGUUCGAGAGGUUCCUGCCUUAGGAGUGUCUGAAUUCAGGCUGGGGGCUGCUUGUGCCCUUCUGCUGUUGGGGGCGGGCCUCCAUUCCUGCGGGCUGGAGGAAGCUGCUCCCCACUGGCCCAGGAUCCAGCCAGCUGAGCCAGAGGCAGGCCUGGGGCCACUCUGGGGGACGGGGCAAUGUAGGGCGCAGGGUCUUGGCUCCUGGAAGCUCUCGUACCCACCAGAAUCUAUGGAAAUGACUGUGAGCUCAGCAUGCAGACUCUCUGAAGCAGGUGUUACCUGUGCCCUUUUGCAGAUGAAGCCCUGAGGGCGUGGCCACUGGCAGGUCACUAGGCAGUCUGCCCAAAGAGCUGCCAGCGCCACCUGGCCCCACGUGGGGCUGGAGGCAGCCUGCGAGGGUUCAAUGCCCAGCGCGGGGGUGCAGACCUGCCUCUAAGGAACUGGAGUGGGAAGAGGAGGCGAGGGAGGGAGGGACGUGAGCUUGUCGUGAAUAACAGGUGUAUUAGAGAGGUGGGGAGAGGCUGGAGGACUGGAAAGGGGAGGUGGCUGCACUUGGGGUGGGUCCUCCUCCUCCCCCUGUCUCCCUUCAGACUACCCCACCCCUGCCUCUCCCCAUUCCCUGUCUGUGGGCACUGUGCCCCUGGGGCCAGGCUUCCACUCCCCCACCUCCUCCAUCCCCCCACCAGCUCAAGGGUCUGGCAUGCAGCUGCCCCCAGCUAGUCUUGGCUCUCUGGCUUGGGUUUUCUGCCAGUUAGUGGGAUCUGGGGUGGGGGUGGGGGGCUCUGGAUCUCUCCCUCUCCCCGGGCACCCUGCAAUGGGGAUAGGACUGCGGAGGCCAUGUGAAGUGACCUGUCUGUCCACUGCUGGCCCUCUGGCUUUUGCUGCCAUUGUCUGGUCUGUGAAACGAGUAGGGAAACAGCAGGAUCACAGGAUAGGGGAGAUUAAGUGGGAUGAUGGGGGAAGGAAGGGAGCACUGCCUCUUCCUCCUGACAGGUCUUGCUUGGGGGACUGAGGCCUUAGUCUGGCCAUGGGCUUCGUGAGGUGGGCCUCUUGGCUCACCCACUGAACACACAGCUUUCUACUCCUCCCGCAUCCCCAGUGGGCAGGUUCUUGGUUAUAAAUUAGAGUCACAACGUUCCAGAGAAUCGAGGCCACCUUCACCAUCCUGAUGGCCUUCUCUUGGCAGGGGCAGCCCCCUCCCACUGCUGGCCCCCCUCAGGUGGUGUGACUUGACAGGGUCCAAAGAGUAGGUGAAAAUCUUCGCUGGUGCAAAGGAUCCACUAAGGGUUUACCAAAACGGUCUGCAUGUGUGCGAGGAAUCCUGUAAAAGUGUUGGGGGGGGGCAUACAUUUAAACAAGCAUUUCAUUUACAAACGUGUUUUGUCUUGCUACCUCCUGCUUAGAGUUCCCUGCUGUGUGAAGUGAGGGUCCCCUUAGCCAAUUCCUCUCCCCAGUCUGCACGCCGAGGGGGUCAGCUUUGGAUCCCAGGAGAGCCUCCUGGAAGAGGUGUUUCAUCCUGGACAAAUGCCAGAAGAGUAUCCCUGGAGCCCUAUGUAGGCAAUGGAGGAAGGCAGGGAGGGCGCCGCGGUAGCCCGGCAUAGAGCCGCAUUUAGCACAGCUGAAAGACAGAUAAUCAGGAAAUACUUGUUUGGAAGUGGGCAAGCAAGACGUGCUCCAGGGGAGAUUUCUAGGGAGCCAAUGGGAUGGAAGACUCAUAGGUCUUGGGGCCUGGCACCAGCCCUUCCCUCUGCUAACCGUGCUCUUCCUUUUCUAGAAGUCUCCUUUAGGAAGGCCAGUCUCUCCACCUGGUUAGGUUACCAUCUGCUCUGUCCCCACACUCCUGAUGCUCUUCUCCUCUUCCUCUUCCAGAGCACCGAUCCCCUUCAAACCCCUAGUGGCACACCCAUAGAUAUGAAUCAUCGUGCGUAGCAGCCACAGUCUGCUCCAGUGCACGUCCCGGGGGCACAGAGAGCCUUGGUUCCUUCAUUGGUGGAUUCCCAGUGUCUAGGCAGGUCUUUGGUAACAUUUGUGGAUAGAUGGAUGGAUGGAUGGAUGGGCAAGGAGUAAGGGUUCUGUGGGAUACCCCACUUCUACUGCACCCCAGUACAAAUGAUUUUAGGGAAGCAGACAGCCCUAGAAGGUGAGGGGAGCCAUUGCGCUUCUGCCCAACCUUGGCUGCCCCAGCGUCCCCAGCAAGGCUGGGCUCUGUGUGUUGCUGGUCCUGGUCCAAGUAGCCAGCAUGAUUUUCUCCCCGGUUGCAGCCUCUGAGUGCGAAUGGGGCUCGUGCCUGCUCCCACCAAGGCUGGAUUUUUCUGGAACCAGGAUGCAACCCAAGACAGCUCUCUGAAUGCGCUCAUUCUGGAAUCUCUGCUAAAGGCUGCCCUCCUUGUUAAGUGGCCCGCCAGGCUGGGGCGACAGGGCUGGUACCCAACUCCCUCCAGGAGCACUUUCUCUCUCUCCCUCCAUCCUCCCCUCCUCUGUCUCUCGGUCUCUCUUUCUCCUCCAGCCAAAAGAGGGGAGACUGGCAAGAUGUGUAAUUUUCAGUUGCUAAUUGUGAUGCCCCGCAGCUUGCUAAGCUAAAAAUAGUCUUCGUUUUUGUUGAGUAGGUUAAAAAAUAGCAGCCCACGUGCUGCCUCCAAAAGCAGCCCUGGCGAAGCCUGGCAGAGGCACGGCCGGCAGGCCCUCUCCCACCUCCUGGAGCGUCCCUGGGGACUCAUGUGGGAUGGGCCCUGAAGGCCAUGUUUGUCCCCGUUUUCCAGGAAGCUGGGAUUCUUAACUUCGCAUCCGUAGAUGAACUUCUGGGAACCCAUCAAUCCCUGGAAUUAUGUGCAGAAUGCCGUGGGAGUGUGCAUUUAUCCGCAUGGCCAGGGCGGGGGCCUCAGCCUUCGUCCGAUGCUCAGAAGGUCAUGCCCCAGCCAGGGACGUUGAUGAGCAGAAACAACAGUCCUGAGAAGGAGCAGGGAAGUGGGGCAGACAUAUUCGCCGCUGCCGACCCGAGCAACAUUACACAAGGGCCGCGAACUGCGUGUCCUCGUGUGAAACAUGGGUGUCUCUGUGCCGCCCCCAGGUUAGGGGCACGGCAUCAAGUGCGACGCGUGAUGUCCAACUCCUGAUGACAAACGUUUGAAGGAAACUAUGCCCCAGACGUCCGUCGUCUUCUCCAGCAUACUCGGGCCCAGCUGUAGUGGACAGGUGCAGCCCGGCAUGGGGGAGCGAGGAAGCGGAGCUGGCGGCUCAGGGGACCUCGUCUUCCAAGAGGGACGCCUCAUCUCUGGGUCCCUGGAGGCCUUGAUGGAGCACCUGGUCCCCACAGUGGACUAUUACCCGGAUAGGACAUACAUCUUUACAUUUCUCUUGAGCUCCCGGGUCUUUAUCCCCCCUCAUGACCUGCUGGCCCGUGUGGGGCAGAUCUGCUUGGAGCAGAGGCAGCAGCUGGAAACGGGGUCUGAGAAGACCAAGCUGAAGUCCUUCUCAGCCAAGAUUGUACAGCUGUUAAAGGAGUGGACGGAGGCCUUCCCCUACGACUUCCAGGAUGAGAAGGCCAUGGCCGAACUGAAGGCCAUCACCCACCGGGUCACACAGUGUGAUGAGGAGAAUGGCACAGUGAAGAAGGCCAUUGCCCAAAUGACACAGAGCCUGCUGCUGUCUCUGGCUGCCCGAAGCCAGCUUCAGGAGCUGCGGGAGAAGCUCCGCUCACCGGCCAUGGACAAAGGGUCUGUCCUCAAGGCUAAGCCGCCAGCCACUCAGAAGGACAUCCUGGGUGUGUGCUGCGACCCCCUGGUGCUGGCCCAGCAGCUGACUCAUAUUGAGCUGGAGAGGGUCAGCAGCAUUCACCCUGAGGACCUGAUGCAGAUCGUCAGCCACAUGGACUCUCGGGACAAGCACAGGUGCCGAGGGGACCUGACCAAGACCUACAGCCUGGAGGCAUAUGACAACUGGUUCAACUGCCUUAGCAUGCUAGUGGCCACCGAGGUGUGCCGGGUGGUGAAGAAGAAGCACCGGACCCGCAUGCUAGAGUUCUUUAUUGAUGUGGCCCGGGAGUGCUUCAACAUUGGGAAUUUCAACUCCAUGAUGGCCAUCAUCUCUGGCAUGAACCUCAGUCCUGUGGCGAGGCUGAAGAAAACAUGGUCCAAAGUCAAGACGGCCAAGUUUGACGUCUUGGAGCAUCACAUGGACCCAUCCAGCAACUUCUGCAACUACCGUACUGCCCUGCAGGGGGCCACACAGAGGUCCCAGAUGGCCAACAGCAGCCGAGAGAAGAUUGUUAUCCCUGUAUUCAACCUUUUCGUUAAGGACAUUUACUUCUUGCACAAAAUCCAUACCAACCACCUGCCCAAUGGGCAUGUUAACUUCAAGAAAUUUUGGGAGAUCUCCAGACAGAUCCAUGAGUUCAUGACAUGGACUCAGGUAGAGUGUCCCUUCGAGAAGGACAAGAAGAUUCAGAAUUACCUGCUCACGGCACCCAUCUACAGUGAGGAAGGUGAGGCCCAGUUCUCCAUGGCAGCACAUCCACCUCCCCAUACCAUACAUGUCACCCUGACUUCCCCCCCUCAUGGGGUUGCCCUGGAAGGCAGGCCUGAUCACUAUCCCCAUGCUACACAGGGGAAGCUCAGCCCACAGGGGUGAGUACAUGAGGGUGGGCUGUCAGUAGACAACAG